AUUGAAAAGAAUGAUGAAGAUGAUAAUGAACAAAAUGAUCCAAUACUGCAUCAUAAGAUAGUUGCUCCAUUUCCUCAGCGCUUGCUUGCAGCUAAAAAGGGAAUAGCUGACCAAGAAAUUUUGGAUAUCUUUAAACAAGUAAAGAUUAACAUUCCUCUAUUAGAUGCCAUUAAGCAGAUUCCAUCUUAUGCAAAAUUUUUAAAAGAUCUUUGUACCAUAAAGCGAAAGCUUUACGUACAAAAGAAAGCUUUUCUAACUGAACAGGUGAGUGCUAUUCUCAAACACAACACCCCACCUAAGUAUAAAGAUCCUGGUUGUCCUACCAUAUCUUGCAUCAUUGGAAACUUUAGGAUACAACGAGCCCUUCUUGAUUUAGGUGCAAGUGUUAACUUACUGCCGUAUUCAGUUUAUGAACAGUUAGGACUUGGCCGCCCAUUUCUAGCUACUUCCAAAGCUUUGAUCAACUGUCGAAAUGGAAUAAUGAAAAUGUCAUUCGGAAAUAUGACUAUAGAUUUUAAUAUAUUUAACAUUUGCAAACAACCCGAUAAUGAUAACGAAAAUGAUGAAAUUCAUGGAGUUAAUCUGAUCGACUCCAUUGUAGAAGAUGCUCUUAUCCCAUCUCUUUCUUCUGAUCCUUUAGAAACAUGCCUAACUCAUUUCGGAAAUACAGAUAUCAACCAAAACUUUAGAGAAAUCAGUGCUAUAUUAGACUCAGCUCCUUUGUUGGAUACAGAUAGGUGGAAAUCUCGUUUUGAAGAAUUGCCCACACGCAACAAUAGUCCUCUACCAUCUAGUGUUCAAGCACCUAAAUUUGAGCUAAAGCCUUUGCCAUCUGAGCUCAAGUAUGCAUACCUUGGUCAAGAAGAGACUUUUCCUGUGAUCAUAUCAUCCCAACUCGAACAAAAUGGCUAUUCAGGUUACAACCAAAUUGCAAUUGAUCCUGAAGAUCCGGAAAAGACCACUUUUACAUGUCCUUUUGGCACAUUUGCUUACAAGAGAAUGCCUUUUGGAUUAUGUAAUGCUCCUGCAACCUUCCAAAGAUGCAUGCUCAGUAUUUUCUCCGACAUGGUUGAGCGUUUUUUGGAAGUUUUCAUGGAUGAUUUUUCGGUUUUUGGCUCCUCUUUUGAAAACUGUGUGGACUAUUUAAGACUAGUCUUAAACACUGACCACGCUGCCCUUAAGUACCUUCUUUCAAAAAAGGAUGCUAAGGCACGUUUAGCUUGCGGUGGUCAUUUCUCUGUUAAGAAAACGGCUGCAAAAAUUUUACAGUGCGGUUUCUAUUGGCCCACCUUAUUUAAAGAUUCCCAUAACUUUUGCAAAGCUUGCGAGCGUUGUCAAAAGUUAGGUGGAAUAACUCGUAGGAAUAUGAUGCCCCUCAACCCAAUUUUAAUUAUCGAAAUAUUUGAUUGUUGGGGAAUAGAUUUUAUGAGCCCAUUUCCUCCUUCAUUCGGAAAUUUGUACAUCUUAGUAGCUGUGGAUUAUAUCUCCAAAUGGAUUGAGGCAAUUCCUUGCAAACAUAAUGACCACAAAACUGUUCUAAAAUUUUUAAAGGAAAACAUUCUUUCCAGAUUUGGAACGCCUCGAGCCAUCAUCAGUGAUGGGGGUUCACACUUCUGUAAUAAGCCUUUUGAGGCUUUAAUGCGAAAAUAUGGGAUCACCCAUAAAGUCGCCACCCCUUAUCAUCCACAAACAAGUGGACAAGUUGAAGUAUCCAAUCGAUCAAUUAAGAAUAUUCUGGAAAAAACGGUUAACCCAAAUCGCAAAGACUGGUCUUUGCGUUUAACUGAUUCAUGUUAA